AUACUCUCUCGAAAAGCCGCUUCCUUUUUCCUUCUCUUCUCCACGGUCAUGGAAUCCGCCACCACAGUUGAAGCAGUUCCUGCUGUGAUUGAGGCUACAACGAAGCCUUUGAACAAAGUGUCUUCGGAUGAUUUGGAGACCAAAGUGAAUCUAGAGAGUCAGAAUAAAGAAUCUGAGGAGAUGCCUAAGGAGCCACAGCCACCAAAGCCUACAACUACUGGAGGAUCAAGGACACUCUUUGUUAGCAAUCUCCCAUUCCAAGUUGAAAAAUCAGAUAUCGAGUUCUUCUUCAAAGAAGCUGGCGAGGUCGUUGAUGUUAGACUUGCCAUGCCAGAAGAUGAUGGCAUUUUCAGGGGCUUUGGCUUUGUUGACUUUGCUUCUUCUGAAGAAGCAGAGAGGGCGCUGGAAUUUCACGGUAGACCUUUGCUCGGUCGUGAAAUUAUUCUUCAGUUGCACCUUCCAGAGGUGUAAACACUCCACAAAGCGGCAUUACCAGAGACGGAGACGGCGUGAAAGGAGCGUAAAGUCUAGUUCCAAGGGAGAAUCAAUCAAGGAUAACUGAAGAUAAUAAAUAAUUAAGGAGUU